AUGGCAACAACCUAUCGUUCACGUGAAACUGUACGUCUUGAACCAUCAGCACGUGUAGUCCCUACAAAUUAUACUUACCCUACGAAUUAUGCUUAUUCAACGAAUGAUCAACCAAUUAAAAUUCGACAACAACAAACGCCUCAUGUAAAUGUCGUUGUAACACAACCUGGUCGAGAUGUAUGGGAAUUUGAACAUCCAUGGUCAACUAAACUUUGUUCAUGUUGUGCAAACAUGAAACUAUGUUGUUUUGCUUUCUUUUGUCCAUGUUGUUUUGAAUAUAAAUUAUACAAACGAGCCGGAGAGAAUAUAUGUUCAUGUUUAUGUCCUGGUUCAAGAUUUGCAUUACGAUCAAAAAUUCGUACAGCAUUUCGUAUUGAGGGUGACUUAUGUAAUGAUUGUUGUGUUUCAACAUUUUGUCCAUGUUGUAGUGCUAUUCAAUUGGCUCGCGAAUUACAUUAUCAAGGUCUUUGA